CAAGUGGUUAUGAGACUACCAAACAAAAAAAAAAACAUUUUUCAAAGUGGAUAAUAUUAUCAUCAUCUUCCUCCUCUAGAAUCGCAAAAAACCCGUAAAUUGAUUCAACUCAAUUCACCACAACCAAUUUACAGGUUUUUUGUUUCUCACCUUCCUCUAAUACUUCAAUUCCAUUGAAGAAGCUCAUCCUGUUCAUCAAUCUCCAAGGUUUUUCGUUCGCAAUUGAUGAUUCAUUCAUUGAUUCUAUAUCAUCGAAAAUCAUGAUUCGAACGAUGAUUGUGCUCGUUCUGUUGGUGAUUUUUGCUACGCCAACAUGCACUGAACAGAUUGAGAACCCUAGGGUUUGUGAUUGUAUCGGUCCGUUUAAAUCGAUGAAGGAUUUGGUCAUUAGUUCUCAAUCGCCGGUUUGUUCGUUGAAUGGGAUUGAUAAUUCUUCAGGUGCAAUUGGUGUUAUUGAGGGAGAGGAGGCUUCAUUGCAAAAGGCAUUAAAUACAGUUCACAAGUAUGGUCAAAGUUACGUUAUUGUUCUCUUCUAUGCAUCUUGGUGCCCCUUUUCGAUAACCUUUAGACCAAAUUUAUCGGUUAUGGCUUCAUUGUAUCCUUCAAUUUCUCAUUUUGCGAUCGAAGAAUCCGUCGUAAGACCAAGCAUACUCUCAAAAUAUGGAGUUCAUGGGUUUCCUACACUAUUUGUAUUGAACUCAACAAUGCGUGCGCGCUACCAUGGAUCACGAACUAUAGAUUCGCUUAUGGCUUUCUACACUAAUGUUACGGGUAUUAAGCCUCCUGAAUCUAUCAAUGGAACAUCUCUCGGGGAAACCAUGUAUGAGCAUGAGAAGAGAAAAAUGAGCGGGCCUGAAAGCUGCCCGUUUUCAUGGGCAAGGUCCCCUGAAAACAUGCUUCAACAUGAAACAUACUUAACAUUAGCCACCAUUUUUGUGGUUUUAAGGUUGUUUUACUUGAGUUAUCCGUUUAUCAUGACACGUGCUCGAGUUUCUUGGAGAAGAAGGAUCCCAAACAUACGGUUCAAGAGUUUGUGGGAACAUCCUUUAUUGUACAUGAACCAUGCCAUACAAUUAUUCACUUCACUCACCGAGCCUUGCAAAAGAGGCAACCUGCGUGGAGCCAUGAACGCUAAGGCUAAUGCUGCGUGGGCUUCAAAAUCAUUAGCUUCAGUUUCUUUUGGGGAGGCGAGCACGAGCCGUGAUUGAGUUUGACUUAUUGACUGCCGUUUAGGUAUUUACUUUCCUUGUAGAAUUUAAUGCGGUUUCUUGAUAGGGAAGUUUUUACCUAAUUGGCUUUGUGUGAAAUGUACAUUAUUAUACAGUUUGUUUGAUAGGAAAAGAGUUGUAACAAGCUUCUAUGGUUUGUCUUU